UUUCCAUCCUCUAAUGAAAAACGCUUAACACACCGAAUUAAACCGUGGGGCCUAACAUAGGUUUAAGUGAAAGGAAACACACUUUUAAACUGAUUGAAAAUGUCCAAUACCGAAGAGAGGCAAUAAAUAACUUCCAUGGCAGCCUCUCCUUACUCGUCUACAGAGGAGCCAACAAAUGCCUGUCGAGCCUGUCGACUUCUCCUGGGUCCUUGUACAGAUCAGUUUAGGGAUGUUUUCCGUCAUUUUGUACCGCCGUCAUCAUUUCAACAUGUAAUUCUACGUAAAACAAGUGACCUUCCACGUCUGACCGCACCCCAGAUGAAUCUUAUUUUACCUAGAGGAAGUAGUUAUACUGGAAACUAUAGUGAUAUGGACAUUUCUUUAUUGUACAUCCUACUUAGAAACAUUUGCAGCAUACCACCACAUAGCACAGGCUGGGGAAAUGCACCAGACCCUGCCGAUAGAUCUCUCUCUGCCAGCAUUGAACGCAUCCAUACAGCCAGAAAUCAGUGUGUAAUUUCAUCAAGUUCAGUCCUCUCCGAUGCUGAUUUCAACAGAAUCUGGUCCACUGUCAGAUCAGCAGUUGUGGACCUUGAUUCUUUUCUUAACAACGGAAAUCUUUUCAAAAGUCAGGUGGAUGUUAUCAAACAAGAGACAAUGGACCCUGUCGGUGAUCAGCAUUUCAUAGAAGAACUGAAGAAACAGAUAGAGGAAGAUGCACCGACAAAAGAAAUAGUGCAUGACUUACAAAAAAAGAUAGAGAAAAGUGAUGCUGAUCGAGUUGAAAAACAAAAUGAAAUGCAAAGAAUUCUUGAUGAAAUCAAGACACCAAAGAGCGUCAUCCCUCCAAAUGUAAAGGAUAACCAUGAAAAACAAAUUCAACAAUGGGUAGAAGAAGACAAGGUCUUCAGCAAAACGCAUAACUUCGAAGAAAUGCUUGAUAAAGUCAGAGAGCGACCUUAUUUGACUUUUGUUGGAAUCCCAGGAUCAGGAAAAUCGGCGACGAUUCAACAUAUAUCCCUGAUACUCCAGAAGGAAGGAUAUGAGAUUGUACCAAUUAUUGAUAUAAGAAAAAUUGAAGAUUAUUGUGAUUCGCUGAAACCACAGGUUUUUGUCAUUGACGAUGUAGUAGGCGUAUUAGGUCUUCAAAAACAAAAAUUAAAUCUAUUAAUGGAGUAUGAAAUUCAAAUUUCAAAUCCGUCUAACAAAGACACAAAAGUACUGAUGUCAUGUAGGGAAACAGUAUUUAAUGAAUGUCACAGUUACAAAUCGUUUUUAACGCAUGAGAAAACUGCAGUUAUGCUGCAUAGCUCUGAAAAUUCAUUAACUGUUGAUGACAAGAAAAGAAUUCUUCUGAAACAUGGUUUAGAUGAUAAAUUACUACCUGAUUCAUUGCUGAGAGACUCCUCAGGUAUGUUUCCCCUCUUGUGUAAACUAUAUUCAAAAGAGGAGAAAUUUCGAAACAAUGCUGAAAGGUUCUUUACGUGUCCAGUUGAAUGCAUUUUGGAGGAAUUAGACAAAAUGCAGCACCAAAACAAGUUAUAUUAUGCUACUUUGGUCUUAUGCAUGUUCAAUGACAAAAAGUUGUCCAAGGAAAUAUUGAAAAACACGGAAAACACAGCGUUUCAUGAUAUGAAAUCAGAUGUUCUUGAAAACUGUGAAGUUGAGAGUUACACAGAUGCAUACAAAUUUGACAAUGCAUUAAAAGCCAUGGAAGGAACAUACAUGCAUCUCCGUGGUAAUGAAUAUAACUUUAUCCAUGACUCAAUAUUUGAAAUCAUUGCGUAUCACUUUGGCAGUCAAUAUCCAAACCUUAUAUUGCAAUAUAUCAGCAGCAGCUAUGUUGCUAACAAAGUGAAAAUUCAGAAAUGUAAAAAAUAUGAGAUAGGCUUUGGGAAUAAACAAGCUUUUGAGAAUAAAUCAACUGCUAGAGAAAGUAAACCAGAAGAAGAGAAUGGUUCAGUCAGCAGUGAAAUCAGUAAUGACAAAGCUUUCAAUGAUCUCUGUAUAAGAUUAAAGGAGAAAUAA